AUGGAAGAUUAUCUUGAUCCAUACUACUCAGUGUACCAUUUUAGACUAGCCUAUGAUGGUGUGAUCAAACCACUACCUGAUAAGUCUCAAUGGGCAAGUGUGGAUCCUAGAUUUAAAGUGCUACCACCACUCGAUAAGAGAGAGAAAAGUCGGUCCAAGAAAGGAAAGGCAGGUAGGCCUGCUGGUUCUACCAAAGGUGAUGCGGCUCCUAGUCCAUCCAAAAGGCAGAAGGUUCAUGUGCAAGAAAAUUCAGUGAAUAAUAGUCCUGGACCUGUGCAAGAACUAGAAGGCACAACAGAAAUUAGCACCAGUCCCGGGCCUGUUACAAGAAGCCAAAUACAAUUAACAAUGGUGGAAUUUGGAGGCACUAAUCAUAUCACUAUAAGCCCUAGAGCAGUGACUAGAAGUCAAACUGAAGAAGGGGCGAGUAAUACUAUGGCCACUCCAAGGAAGAGACUAGGUCUAAAGAAAAAACUCACUCCAAAGAAGGGAAAGAAGAUCGAUGUUUGA